GCGCCUGGCGCACCCGCGGGAGCGGAGCCGCGGCGCGCUCGCCCCGGACGCCGGCCGCCCCUCCGCUCGCCCUGCUGAGCGAGCGGCCCGGGGCGCCGAGGGGUCCGCGCCGCGCGGGGCGCACCGCCCUGGCCGCCAUGUGCUCCCAGCUCUGGUUCCUGACUGACCGGCGCAUCCGCGAGGACUACCCGCAGGUGCAGAUCCUGCGCGCCCUCCGGCAGCGCUGCUCCGAGCAGGACGUGCGCUUCCGGGCAGUGCUCAUGGACCAGAUCGCCGUCACCAUCGUCGGCGGCCACCUCGGCCUCCAGUUAAACCAGAAGGCCCUCACCACCUUCCCGGAUGUAGUGCUUGUGCGGGUACCCACACCCUCAGUGCAGUCAGACAGUGACAUCACUGUCCUGCGACACCUGGAGAAGCUGGGCUGCCGGUUGGUCAAUCGCCCACAGAGCAUCUUAAAUUGCAUCAACAAAUUCUGGACGUUCCAAGAACUGGCUGGACAUGGGGUUCCCAUGCCAGACACCUUCUCCUAUGGUGGGCAUGAAGACUUUUCAAAAAUGAUCGAUGAAGCCGAGCCCCUGGGCUACCCAGUUGUGGUGAAGAGCACACGAGGCCACCGGGGAAAAGCUGUUUUUCUGGCAAGAGAUAAACAUCACCUCUCUGACAUCUGCCAUCUGAUCCGCCACGAUGUGCCCUACCUGUUCCAGAAGUACGUGAAGGAGUCCCAUGGAAAGGACAUCCGGGUGGUGGUGGUAGGGGGCCAGGUCAUAGGCUCUAUGCUUCGCUGCUCCACUGAUGGACGGAUGCAGAGCAACUGCUCUCUCGGUGGCGUGGGUGUCAUGUGCCCGCUGACAGAACAAGGCAAGCAGUUGGCUAUUCAGGUGUCCAACAUCCUAGGCAUGGACUUCUGUGGCAUUGAUCUCCUUAUCAUGGACGAUGGCUCCUUUGUGGUGUGUGAGGCAAACGCUAAUGUUGGCUUCCUAGCCUUCGACCAGGCAUGCAACUUAGAUGUGGGUGGGAUCAUUGCAGACUAUACCAUGUCCUUGCUGCCAAACAGGCAGACUGGAAAGAUGGCUGUCCUCCCAGGACUGUCGAGUCCGAGGGAGAAGAAUGAGCCGGAUGGCUGUGCUUCAGCUCAGGGAGUUGCAGAGAGCGUCUAUACCAUCAACGGUGGGUCUACCUCUAGUGAAAGUGAGCCUGAACUGGGAGAGAUCCGGGAUUCCUCAGCAAGCACAAUGGGGGCCCCACCCUCCAUGCUGUCCGAACCUGGCUACAACAUUAACAACAGGAUUGCUUCUGAAUUAAAACUUAAGUGAAUUUUUGCUCUUUGGCAGCAUUUAAACCAAAUCCUACUGCUUCCCUAGUAGUUUUGAGUGAAUAAAAUCUGGACUAAUGUGAUUUCAUUUGCACAGAAACUAGAAAUCCCAUCUGGGCACUCAGCAUUUUUUUCUAACGAUGAUUUAAGCAAAUGGCCUAGCUUUGUGGUUUUUACAAAGACAAAUAUAAAAACACUCACCAAGAACAA